AUGUCUUCUUCCGAACCGUCGGAACCGCUGUCCCUAACCUCCAUUGGUCUCUACAAUACCGUCGUCUCCUCCCUCUUCCUCUCCCUCUCCCUGCUACCGCAAUCGCCACCAUCUCAUCCCCUCAUUCCUCCUUCCCUCCCUCCCCCCACUCUAAACUCAUCCCCAAAACCAGCCCGAAAUCCAUACCCAUUAAUUCGGCGAUACAGUGUCUGGAUCGGAUCCAUCGUUUCACUUCUUGCCGGCGCAGCCAAGGAGUUCGCUGACGAGCUGGGCUUCUUCAGGUCCGCCGGGGCGUCCACAAAAGACGCCGCUGCUGACCUGAUCGGCGUUCUACUCGCCAUACUCACCCUUUCUUUAUGCAAGCAGAAGUCUUCCUCUGCCCUGGUCGAGCGAGACCACUCGGGUCAAGCCCGAGUGCUCGAAAUGGUUUGA